ACUCACCUCCUAUAAUCAUUUCAAUAUCAACCAAACCCAAAAUCCUACUUAAAACUACUUAGUAGAAAAUGGCUUCUAUGAAAACCACCUGCCUUGCUCUCUUUCUUCUUGUAAACAUUCUUUUUUUCUCUCUUGUGAGUGCAUCGCCUAAACCAAUGCCAAAGCCAAUGCCAACGCCAACGCUAAAGUCGCCAACACCAAUGUCGAUGUCGACGCCGAUGCCGACGCCAACGCCAACGCCAAUGCCGAUGCCGAUGCCGAUGCCGACGCCAAUGCCUAUGACGACGCCGAAGCCAACUCCAACCCCGAGUCUCAGCUCCCAAGACAAGUGCUCUAUUGAUACUCUCAAAUUAGGUGUUUGUGCUAAUGUUCUUGACAAUUUACUUGGAGUUAGAAUUGGAAAUCCAUCAAACAAACCUUGUUGUUCUCUCAUUCAAGGACUUGUUGAUCUUGAUGCUGCUCUUUGUUUAUGCAUUGCCAUUAACGCAAAUGUUCUUGGAAUCAACCUUAAUGUCCCUAUUUCUCUAAGCCUUCUUCUCAAUGCUUGUGAUAAAAAAGUUCCAUCUGGCUUCCAGUGUCCUAAUUGAACAACCUAGCUAUGCAUUUCUCAUGUAAUGAUAAUAUAUUCCAGUGUGUGGUAAUUAACUCUUUGUUGUUAUGGUUGUGUAAUAAGUGGAAUUGAAAGAGUAUCUUGAAAUAAGUUCCUCUUUGAAUCUCAUAA